AUGGCCGACUCGAUUUACACCAAUUAUCCCCCGUCUCUUUCCCCCGCGCAGCAAGAGUACCUGGUCACCACGACUAAAGACUGGGCAAUCCAAAAUGGCCUCGCAGUGCGGCCGAAUCCAUCCACCCUUCCCGAAGGUGCCGACUCGAACCGAGUGUUAGCAACAAACGCUCCAGUCACACUCUUUCCUAGUCCGUUCCCGAAAGUAUGCUUUGAAGAAGCUCAGGCUCUGCAAACUGUCUACAAUGAACUAUAUGCGGCGAUUACUUGCAACGAGGAAUGGCUGGGGAAGGUUAUGGAAGAGCUAAUUGAUGUGGAUGAUUUUGUUGCAAACCUCUGGAAGACUCACGUGGCGGUUAAAAAGGAAGGAUAUGUCCAGAAUCUGUCAUUGGGACUCUACCGCUCCGACUACAUGGCUGAUGUUACACCCAACCGAGCUCCGGCCUUGAAGCAAGUCGAGUUUAACACUAUCUCCUCGUCGUUUGGUGGACUAUCAGCUCUCGUAAGAUCAUUACACACCGAGCUUCUUACAUCACCCCCGGGCACUCCCAUCAGCUACCCACCUCACCCUCUCCUGCAAUCCGGUGUGCCUCCCGAAAAUCCUUCCGUUGAAACCCUGGCAGGAGGGUUGGCUACGGCACACAAGGCUUACGGGCCUUCAAAGUCUACGCCUGAGCUCCCGUUAUGUGUUGUUUUCAUCGUUCAGGAUGGAGAACGGAAUGUCUUCGAUCAGCAUGCCCUGUCUAAGCGGCUGACGGGAUCCCAUAAAAUCCCUGUCUUCCGUGUUCCCAGCAGCAAGAUCGUUGAUCAAACAUCAGUAUCCGCCUCCAAUCCUUCUCGACCAUUGGUCUACCACCCUCCUCACUCUCCAUCGUCUGCAUUCGAAGUGACCACCGUCUAUCUCCGAGCUUACUAUUCACCUGAUGAAUAUACAUCUAGUCGGGACUGGGAUGCCCGAGUCCAUCUGGAACGUUCUGCCGCGAUCAAGUGCCCCACCGUGCUGAACCAACUGGCUGGUUGCAAGAAGGUCCAACAAGUCCUCGCAGAGCCGACAGGCCCUGAUCAUCUGUCAAGCUUCCUCAAAGGCACUAACCCUGCAGUGAUUGCAAGACUUCGUGAGACAUUUGCCCCACAAUAUGAUCUUUCGGCAAAUGGACAGGGUCGCGAUCUGGCUCUCAACCCCGAGACAGCUAUGAAGCAUGUACUCAAGCCCCAGCGUGAAGGUGGCGGCAACAACAUUUAUAAAGCCGAAAUUCCAGGCUUCCUUCGCUCCAUCCCUGAGAGCGAUUGGAAGGGAUGGGUACUGAUGGAGCUCAUCAAUCCCGCACCCGAUGCGGAGAAUGUCGCUCUGCGGAACGACGGAGAAGUCCUUCGUGGCAACGUGAUCUCCGAGCUUGGUGUCUAUGGUACUAUCUUGUGGGAUAACACGGGCAAGGUCCACCAUAAUGAUCAAGGUGGCUGGUUGCUGAGAACCAAAGGAAAAGAAGUCAACGAGGGUGGUGUUGCUGCUGGGUUCUCUAGUUUGGAUAGUGUGCUACUCUUCUAG